UUUCAAAUAUGGAGUAGGUGAUCAUUCGUUGACCUUAUAGACGCUGGAUUUUGGGUUCCAUUCGCUUUCUAUGCAACAACAGUGACGAUUCGGAGACCGUAGACUGUGAAAGGAGCCGGCGUUGAUUUCGUGCAAGAAUGGAGCCAGCAGAACAACGUGAUAUAGAGAUAGGAUUAGUCAAUGGGAAGUUUAGUUACAAAGUAAUGCGUGAUCCUAAUACAUCUUUGAAGAAAGCCUCUCUAUCCAUGCCAGACAAUGCGUUGAAUAUAACAAUCUCGUGCACAGUCUUCACAAAUGACUUUGAUUGCUAUACCACUCAAUCUCAUUUUAAUGAAAUCGAAAAUUCCAACACCCUCCAUAUGAUAUUAUUUGAUGAGGGAAACAAGUGUUUCCUAGCUGAGGAUCUACACUGCACUCUAGAUGAGUGGUUAGAAAAGAAACUUGUAGAAAAUAUGGGUAGGAGGGAAGCGUGUGAGUACUACUGUAAAGAUGGUACUCAUAUGCUUUGGUGGAGGAAAAUCAUGAAAGAGUUUAAAGAUGUCUUUGGCCCCGUCACUUAUGGCCUUGCGGCAAUUCAUCGAGCCAAAGCGUUUCAUGGAAAUAUUCUAAAUGGUGUUGCGAUAAAAAUCAAACAAGACGGUACUCCAAUUGGCAUACUUUUCAACAUGACCAAUGAUCCAAAACAAGAGACGGCAGAAAAUAUCAAACAACUACAUUGUGAUGACAUAAACGAUAUGAAGAUCCUAAUGGAAAGGGCUUUUAUGUAUCCAUUUGACGUAUCUAAGGUUCCUCUCUCGGAGGGUAUUACGAGUGAUGAGUGUAAUUACUUAUGCUUAAUGCAAUUGAAUAAAAGGGUGUCAAUUGCGGAUACGGAGGCUCAGUCUUUGAAGGGAACUUGGGGUUUAAAUUUGGCAAUCUUUUGGGAUGAGAUAGAACAAAUAGCUUUUAUGAAGAGGGUGUAUCGUCUCAUAUUUGAUGCAUUGCCAUUGUAUUCUUUUUAUGAUCAUUUCCCUAUAGACUAUUUUAAGAUGUAUGAUUGGACUAAAAAAGUUAAGAGUUAUGGAUCUCAUAAGUUGAAAACUGUCUUGAAUUUCAAUUUCAAUGGUCACACGUCUUUCGACAAACGCAGCGCCAAGCAUGGGAUGGAUAAACUUCGAUUUUGGAGAUGUUGUAUUGAACAUAUGGAAUUAAAAGAUGGUAGCAAUAUUGAAAACCAUCGUGAGCUUAUGAAGAUCUUCCCAGAAUUGUUGUUUGAGGUUGUCGAAGUCUUCCAUCAUACACUCCAUUUGAACGAUUACUGGCCAAGUAUCGUAUCCCUAUUCAAAGACAUGGGAUGGGAUAAGUAGGGUGGGAGAAAUCAACAAAAGAAUUAGGAGCUUACCUUCUGUUAAUGACUCCCUCUGAAGUAUUUGCUCGAGUAGCUUCUCUCUAAAGUCUAAACCUCUGUAACUCUCAACUGCUUCUCUUUACUUGUCGUUAUGGUUAUGAAAAUCGUCUGUGAAAGAUUAUGAAGAUUAUGAUAGAGAGCAUGUGUGUAGAUAUUGCAGUCUAAAUUAUUCUCCUUGUUUGAUUGUGAAAGAUAUAAGCUGCAGAUUUAUGAUAUUCUGGUUGCACUUGUUUUUUUGAGUU